AAAUUUUUGAAUUUUUAAAAAUCUCUCAAAACAAGACAUUUUUAUUCGUUGCUGACUUUUUGUCUACUGGUUUAAUGCAAGAAACUUGUACAACUAUUUAUUCAAAGAGAUUUGAAAUUUUAUACCCUCUCUAUAAAGAUAGUGAUGUAAAUGAAACACAUAUCAUAAAUUGUUUUGACAACGUAAAUCCUUUAUGGCAAAAACUGUUUCACGACGAGCCAAGUGUCUUUGAAGAUUAUUUAUGUUUGUCUCCUAGUUGUGAAGGCUAUAAAAGAAAUGCUCAAAAUCUGGCGGUAAAUUAUAACAAACUGGUUGAUCCUAUUCUUAAAUCCCUUGAGAAGUCGAUCAUCUUUGAAGGUAUUAGUAAAGGGUUAUACUGUCAUAAAUGUAAGCAAAAUAAUUUAAUCUGUACAAGAACCCUAAAUGCAUACGUUUAUAUUGAGUUGGAUGUACCUAUCGCAGGUACUCAACAAUCAAAAAGAUAUAAAUUAAAAAAUUUUCCAAAACAUAUAAAUCUACUAGAAAAAAAUUUACUAGGUGAACAGAAACAACUGAACUAUCGUUUAUCCGGAGUGAUAGGCUAUCAAGAUAAGCAUUACAUAGCCUAUUGCCAAAACUUAUCUGGUCAUGGCAAUAUUUUAAUGACAGUUUGGCACCACCAAAGGAAUAAAUUCAUCUAUUGA